AUGGCGUUCUCCCCAUUGUCAACCAUUCAAGAACAAGAAUCUUUUUUUGCUCACCGAUCACGUCGCACUGUAGCUCUUCUAGUCAACUACUUCACUGCCGGACUAUUCCAUGGCGUCGUGCCAGCUUUGGUGUACCCGUUGUUUAAGAUUCGUCUUGGAUUACAGGGCUACCAAGCUAAUGCAGCACAGACACUGCUAGGUUGUGCUUGGCAUGGCAAAAUAUUGUUGUGUCUGCUUACAGACUGUGUGCCAAUAUUUGGCCGCAGACGCACCCCGUACCUCUACGUGGGGUGGAUAUUGGUGUUGAUGAUCUUCGGAUCAUUGCUAAUACUUGAUCCAGCUUUGACCAUGGAUAGUAGUGAUGUCAUUGACGCACCAACGCUCAUUUUCGUGAUUGCUGCAGCCUCUGUGGGAUAUUUACUAGUUGAUGCGGCUUGUGAUGGUAUCAUGGUGGAAACGGUGCAUUGGGAUAGCCAAAUUAAAGAGCAAGGUCUUGUUCAUUCUUCGAGUCUUUCACAGAGCACUGUGCAUGCUGUAAGAUUCAUUGCCGAACUUUUUGGAACACUUCUUAUCGCCGUUGGAAUGAACUCGGAGAAGUAUAAAGGCGGGUUCUCAUUUGAGCUCUCGCUGCAAGCGCUCUUCGUGGUUUUGCUUUCCGUUGCUUUAGUUGCACUGGGUUCUACCGUGUGGGGGUUUACUGAGACGCGUGAGAUGCGUGAUGCUGAAGCGGAAGCUAUGGACGCAAAUGGUGCUGUUGAAAUGCCGAAUUUACAAGCAAAGCUGGGUGAGUUUUGGCGCAUCAUGCAGCAGCAUGCAACGUGGCAAAUUGCUGGCUUUGGCUUUCUGCAAAAGCUGUGUCUCUCUUUUGGCAUGGAUUCGGCCCCACCUUCCCAAGCAAUGCACGAAUUCUGGUUGCACACUGAUCCUUUCACGAAGAAUCUUUUUCUUGCAUUUUCAAACGGUGUCGUGUGCGUCGCAGCUUCUAUCUUUGUCCAUCGCUGUCUUUUGUUCUCGAGUUGGCAUUCAUCGUUACUUAUUGCACUACUCGGUGGACUCGUUGUUGGGUUUCCCAUUGUAAUGAUGGUCGUAUUCAACGUAUGGCGCAGCAAGAUUUUCUUCCUAAUUGCUACCACGAUCACUGGAUUCUCGGACUGCAUUGCCAUGGUGGUGCGAAUGCUCGUGGUCGUCGAAAUUGCUGAGCCAGGUUUUGAAAGCAGUACGUAUGGACUCGUAACUUCGGUGUACAACCUCGCAGACCCUGUAGCCACUGCACUGAGCAAUGCGAUCGGCACCCAUUUUCAAGUCUUUGACAAGAAUAUUGAGCAAGACUCGGACGACGUACGAACGCGAGUUGGGAUACUUUUCGCUGCGCUUUUUAGUAUCCGAGCUUUGGUAGGACUGGGCACGUUACCUUUGGUACCUCCACAACAAUGUGUUGCUCGCGAGUUGAAAGCUCGAGGAGAAUCCAGUAAAUGCAAGACAAUAGUGGUGUUUUCGACUAUAGGUAUCACCUUCUUUGCAGCUCUUGCUGCCAAUUUGUUAUCCGUGUUCCACGGAACACAUUGCCUAGAGUUUGCUGGUGGUAUGGGCUGCUAA